GAAAAGUGAGCACCAUAGACAGAUUAAAGAUUUGGCUGUGAUGGCCAAAAAAUGUUAAAGUAACAAGAAAUUUACACCAAAAAAGCUGUUAACAGUCUUACAGCAGCAGCAAAAACAGCACAAUAGCUUAGUUUCUACUCAAACUAAUGUGGAAUUGAUUAACUAGUCAUAAAUGUGGAGUAUAAAAAAUGCUAGAUAUUCGCUUUCAAGCUAAUUAAGAUAUUGUUAGCUUACUGUUACUGACUGAACCUCUAAUUACUUGUAAAAACCUUUCUUCAUAUUGUUGUUUGUAGAAAAUGACAGAAUCUGUGAACGGACAAUCUUAAGAAGAGUUGAUAGGUUUUUUUUUACUUUAUUAUUAUUAUUAUUAUUUCAAAUAAAAACAUAAUAGCUGCUGCUGUCAGUUAUGCUAAAGCUAUAUCCCUUCAAUUAGCUUAUGCAUUGAAAAGAAGAAUAGUAUUAACCUUCUCAUCAAAUUAAACAGGUAAAUGUCCAAUAUUAAUAAAUAAGUAUAGUCUGUCAGUUUUAAACUACCUUAAUUGACUAAAUUAUUUAAUACAUUUUCAUGUUCUAUGCUUCAUACAAUCUGAUAGCUAAGAUGCUAAAGUAGCUGAGGGAAAAGUGGUUUUGGCCCCUAAGAUCUAUGCAGACUUUUCUCACUUAUUUCUGUUCUUUUAACACUACUUACCAUGAGGUCAUGAGUGAUAAAGUUUGUUUAUUAUGAAGGCUGAAAAUCAAUAGUAAGUAAAGAUUGAGUUGAAAAGUUUAGUUAAAAGUACAACAAUUAGAACAGAUGUAAAAUGUGAUCAUUAAGAUCAGGUCUGAUUAAAAAUAGUUCCCAGACAGCAAAGUACGUUUGGUCCAAAUGUGGCCUUUAACUGAGCCAUAAGUGCCAAAUCUGUCCCAAAUUAGACCCAAAUGUGUGUUAUAGCAUGUUUCCUUGGGUCAUUUAUUAAUUAUUGAUCAUUCACAACAUUCAACAGAUUUUAAAUUUACAUGGUCCCAUUGAGUGGGAUCAUAGAAACAAAAUAUCUUAUAAUUAUAAUGAAGACACUCAGCUAUAGUACUGUCUCACCAGAGGACUCUGGUUUUAUUCAAAGCUUUAUUGUGUGCCAAGGUCAAAUUAAUAGUUGGAUCUACCAGAACUUUCUUUAGCUAAGUCAAAAAUAAAUCUGUAGCAAUUCAUAUUGGAAACAAAAAUGAGGAUCCAAAGAUUUUACCCCAGCCUAUCCCACCGUAUCCCAGCGACAACCAGGUUAGCUGUAACUUGACUGGCUGUAAAUGAAAGGAGGCAACAGAUUUCAGCCAUCAUGGAUGACAAUGACUCCACCUCUUUGCUCUCUGAGAAGCGCCUCAUCUAUGCCAUCACUGUGCCACUAUCAACCUCCAUCAUUCUGGCCAACCUCGUCAUUAUCUCAGGCAUCUCCUACAAUCGCCAUCUCCACAACACAACCAACUACUUCUUCCUCAGCCUGUUAGUGGCUGAUAUGUGUACAGGCUUGGCGCUGCCCUUUAUCCCACUGAUGGGUCUGAACCGGGAGUUGAGUUUUAACUCCUGUCUGGUGGCCCACGUGUUUCCAAAUUUCCUCUUCCUGGCAUUUUUGUUCAACUUAGUAAUGGUCCACUAUGAACGCUACAUAUGCAUCGUUGACCCUCUGCAUUACAACAACUUGUGGAUGCAUCGGAGUUUCCCUUUAGCGUUGCUUAUCGUGUGGACCCCACCACUCCUUUAUGCAUCUUUACCUGCUUUUGGGUGGAAUAAUUGGACAGGACCAGAUUGGGAUGGCUGUUGUGGGAGUUCCCAGAACUUGUUGCUUUCAAACUGCUCUACAAACCGCACCACCUGCUGCUCCUACAGGCGGGUCUUCCCCAAUGCUUUCAUCUACUUGGAGGUAUACGGCCUUGUUUUACCUGCGAUUCUUUUCAUUGCUGGUAUGACUGGUCAUGUUUUAUGCAUCACCCGAGGCCAGCUAAAGAACAUCUGCCGCCUGCAUCGUGCAGUGGAUAGAGGAAAUCAGGCCUCAGACCAGGAGCAGAGGCUCAACCUGCGGUAUACCCGCUGUGUGGUGGCGGUGUCGCUGACUUUUCUGGCCUGCUGGAUUCCCUACCUUAUUUACAUGCAUGUAUGUAUUGUGUUCUUAAUCAGUGACACCAAGUGGAGUUCCACCACCCACAUUGUGCUGUCUUGCACUGGAAUCGGAAGCAUGUCUGUGGUGCCGCUGGUGCUCGGCCUGGCCAACAGACAGUACACAGAACCAGCACACAAACUUUUCCAGAUACUGAGAGACAGGUGGAGAAGGACACGUGGCUCAGAAGAGACUGCAGUCUGAAAGAACGUUCGUUGAAAAAAUAUUUAUUAAGCUUUUUUUUACUUAAAAUAAAUACAUAAUUAAAAUAAAAAAUAAAGUUUACACCAGAAAGACAAGCUUCUAUAAACUCUUGGGCUGUGUCCAUCUCCCUUUAUGUGCAUUAAUUAUUUCUUUACAUGGGCAAAAACCAAAUAAAGUUAGCAUACAAAGCUUUUUCUGCAAAAAAUUAAAGUUAAAAUUAAAAAAUCAUAAAUUGGGGCUAAAAUUAAUUUUCUUUACUCCAUUACAACAAUGGAUAUAAACUUUGCUGUUUGUCUUGGUGACCCAGCAACACAUUACAAUGAUCAUGUUGUCACCUGCUAGCUCACUCUCAGGAAAUAAAGCACCUAAUUGUACCUUUAAGGGUACAAAGGAUUGUCACUUGGGUAAUACCUUCAAAUAACUCAUUUCCACUCAGUCUGGGUUGGGGCUGGACUGUUUGGUCUGGUUUGGUCUGGUAAACCCUGAUCUCUGUUGCAUUCCACACCCAGCAGUACCCUUACCCAGUUAGUGGCGUAGCAAACAGAAAUUGAUAGAUGUGUCUGCUAUAGUGUGAUUUAAAAGUGGCGUGACACCUUCCUUGAAUAAUAGCACAGAAGAACGAAACAUAGAAAAAAAGGACAAAAAUGGCCACUUUGUUCUUAUUUCCAAGUCGCACAGGAAGUGAUGAUUUUGUCGACCAAUUACAGGAUUUAAGUGUGCUUAGCUCCUCUCUUUAGGGUAACAUCGAUUAGAAUGAGACCCAACGAAAGGUUCCCAAAAUAGUACGUUCAGUCGGAUCAGAUAUUUUGGCACCCUUCCUAAUUUUUGCCUGUGGAAAUGCAAAACAACACGACCCAACCCAUCCUUCACCAACCCAGACCUGUUGGUGGAAACAAGGCUGAAAGUACCGUUGUUGUAUACGCAUCAGUAGACCAGUACUGUAUCUCUGGGGUCUGGUUUUUUAUGAGGUACAAAUUGCACUGUUGAGGGUACAACAGCAGUACAUUUGAGAGUACCACCUCACUGACAUUCCUUCGUAACCCUAAAGGUACAAUAAGCUACUUUAUUUUCUCAGAGUGUUGAUUAUAAGCAAUGUAACUGAGGUUUAAAGAAGAUUAUUAUUUAGGCUAAAAUACAUUUUUUUUGUAAUACAUUUGAAGUCUUAUAUCCAAGAAAUAUAAUUCUGGGUCAUAUCCUGUGCAUGAAAAAAACACACUCAUGGAGUCUUGUUUUGGGAGCAUGUUGUUAUGUGUAACUGCACAGAACAAAGGACAUGGUCAAUGGGAAAGUGGCAUAGAUUUAAAGCUAUCAAUUUCUCUUUAAAUGGCAAUAUCACUGUAUUGUGAGAGAUAAUUGAAAACAUUAGAAGUACCAGUGUCAAAUAAGGCUAACACCAUAUUUUAACAGGAUAAAUAGGAAACAAUGUGAAUGUAAACUUUUUCUGGGUGGCAUUUAAUCAUCUUCAAAUAGGCAUUCAGCAGAAAUAAAGUAAAGAUUAGAACAUCGUACAUGUAGCUGAUAUGAUAACAGCACAACUAGAUUUAGUCUCAUUUCCCCUUGUGCUGGUUUCCACAAAUAAGCAGCUCUGAACAGGAAUUAAGUUGCAGCAGAACCGGAAAGUCGCAGACAAAAAAGUAGUUAAUUGCAGCAGUAAUUCUUACACUGAUGGAUUGAAGAUUCUGCAGUCUUUCUACCAACGUCGAGCCUAAUUACACAAUAUGUAUCUUGCAGCUCUGUUCAGCUGGUGUAACGUUACAACUUCAGUCAAUAAAGCGCUCUUGUUUCUG